AGAGCGAAAGAAGAGCAAGUUAGUAAGUAAGUAGUGUGUCUGCUCGGCUCUGCCUUCUGACGCUCGGAAACUUUCUCGUCUUUGGCGCGUUCGGCACGAGCGUCCACCAUCGACCCAUCGACGAACCGAUCCGCGCCACAUUUCGCGUCUUCGCGCCGCGCUCAAACCUUGACCAUGACCAUGGCUCGCAUUUUAAUCCGCAAAUAGAUCAUCUUGACAAAAAAUACAAAUCUACCACCGAAAACACCAGUGAAAACAGUAAAAACUCUUUAAAGUUACGUCAAGUGCGGUUUAUUUCAAACAAUUGAACAUCAACGCGUAAUAUUUAUGCUGUGGUGUAAUAUAGUGCUGUAAAAAUGUUUAAAAACAGUUGAAAACUGUGCGUAACAGUGACUUAGAAAGAUUUUAAGCGUUUAUAAAACAUAGCGCACCACAAACCACCACGGAAUUGAAAUCUACAAAUUGAGGAAUAUAUUUAAUAACUCACAUUGUUAUACCAACGUUGAGUGCAGACCCGAACCACAAAUGACGUAAAACGCAAAACAUUAAAAUUAAGCAUUCACAUCAACUCAUCAUCUGGCAUUCAAGAUAUUUUAAACAAAAAGUUAUCAGCGGCUCGAGCACAGAUUGUGCGUGUGAAUGUGUGGGUGCGUUUUGUGAUGUGAGACUUCAAAACUAGUGUAAUGUUUAAUUGUGCCGAGAUGUUCGUUACCAUUGCAUCGUCAAAGACGAAGAGAAUCUAAAGGAAAACAAAUGAUGCAUUACUAAAUCAUAACCUAAAACCAGUCGAAAAGUCAGCAGAACUCUUGACAGCUAGACGCAGUCCAAAAAUCAAUAAAUUAAAUUAAAAAGUUCCUCAAAAUGUGGAAGUAUUUGGGAUAUUUCGUUUUGAUUGCGAUGAUAUUAGAGAGGUGUGAAGCACAAGAUCCGACAACGACACCAGCGCCCACUAUCGUUCAGAAUAUAUCAGUAAAUCCAUCACAAAUUGUCAACUUUACGCUACCAGGAGGUCGACUUUUAGGACUUUUAUCGUUGUUGACAAGUUUAUCGAAUAGAUUUGGCGGUGGAUUCAUGGGUCGUUGUUUUGGAGCAGCUAAAAAGCUAAAAAUCCUCAUCCCAUUCUUUUUGUAUAAACUGGGAGUGAUUACAACAACACUUGGAUUUUUAACAAUGUUUACCCUAAAAGGACUUGUGAUAGGGAUAAUAUUACUAGUGUUAAACGCUGGUGGUUGGUUAGCAAAGAUUGGUUUCAUCAAAGGACAACAAUACGGACAACAUGGCGGCUGGGGCGGUGGUUAUGGUGGCGGUCAUGGCCACAUGCACGGCUGGCAGAGUCAGAAGCAACCACCUGUUCAUAUCCACGUUCAUAAAGAUCGUAAUGAUCACUCCAGCGAAGGAUAUAUAAGUUAUAAUCCACCGCCUGGGUAUAGCUCCUCCUAUGAUUCAUAUUCGUCAGACAUGCCUCCAGGAGGAGGUAGUUACGGCGGUGCACAUGGAGGACACGGAGGCGGAUUAGGAGGUGGUUCUUAUGGUGCAUAUGGGCGGGGACAUAGUGUGGGCGGCAGUGGGCCGGAUUAUGAACCAGCAGGCGGGGCACAGCAGUCGUGGGCGGAGCGGAUCAGCAAAGGUUUGCAAGCGACGCGCACGCUCGCCGAACGCGUCGAACUAAUUGAUUUGUAUACACGUUUAGGCUUCAACGUCAACGACCUCAUCGGCGGCGAGUUAAAGCGCAGUGGGCAUGCGCUGGUGUAUCCUAAACGGAUCACGCCCGGGGGCGUGGUUACACCGGAUCCUUCCAAUCCAAUUAGAUAGUCCACAUCAGGCCACACCUCCUUUAAAUUAAUCACCCAAUCAAAUUGAGUAGGCUAUACUCUUUGAUUUGUUGAUUUAUUUAUUUUUAAAUAUUGAGAAAAAAAUAUUAUUUUUUUGUUGAUAUGUUCAUGUUGAUUAUUCAUGUAGCUUUUAGGUAUCAGUCAUCUUCAUCUUGAAUAUAAUCGCAAAUUAUUUAUUAUUUCACUUAAAUUUAAGUGGCUUUUAUGUCACUAUCGAAAAUCUCGUUACGAAUCGUAUAAAUUAUUUAUUUAUUUAUUUAUUGGAUCAAUUAGAAUGAUAUUUAUUAAAAAUUAUGCAUAAUAAAAUAUUAAACGUCCUGAAAUAAUCAUUGACAUUUACUUACUAACCUAUUUCAUCAA